AUGGAAACCCCACGGUCCAACGCCACUGGCUCUGAUGGUGGCGCCAGCAGCAGCAACAGCGGGAGCCGCCGAGCCGUGAUGCGAUCAGUAAGAACAUCUUCUAUUCCUGUCGGCCUUCAGCAAUCGACCAUCCACGAGGUACCUUCAGCACACUAUGACGAAGAGGCAAUCCCCGACAACGACCGGGUUAUUCCCCCCGAGAUUCGAGACAUGAUCUUGGCGGCAUCCUCUGACGAUGACGACGAAGAUGACGAUGACGACUUUGUGCUCUACGACACGGAGAGUCAAAAGAUCGUGUAUCGCAGCAACAGUACUCGUACAGCGACUCAACAGAGUGCUCGAUCCAUCCAAGACGUACAAGCACUACAGGACAAUAGUACCAAUCACGACGAUACCGACCAUGACGACUUUAUCAAUAGCUUUGCACACGACAAUGAUGACUCCAAAUCCUGCAAGUCAGAAGCCAGUCGAUCCGUCGAUUCGGCGUGGGAACGAGAAAAGGCGCUCUACAAAAAAGGCCUCUGCUACAUUAUUGUGUUCCAUAUCUACACCACUCUCUACGAGUGGUUCUUCAAAUUCACGGCUUGGCUCAUCCUGCUGUGCAAGAGAGCUGGCGGUGGCGACAACAACGGGAAUGACAUGGCAGAAGAACUCAUACAAGAAGUUGCCGAUGCGGCCGAUUUGGCCGUCACGGGAGUUACUAAUACGGUAGGCACUACCGGAACCACAACAACCACCACCGCCACGGCUACAUCUACAUCUGCCGCUACAUCAGCUGCGACAACCACAACCACCGCAUCCGCCACACAGGCUACCGCCGUCGUGGCCCAAACCACCGCUACCACAACCACAGCUACCACCACAUCUUCAGCCGUCACCACUAGUGUCACUGCCGCUAGCACUCAUACCGCUGCCACAGUCACAGCAACCACUACUGGUACCACUGCAGCCGCCUCCACGGGUACUGCUGCAGCAGCUACAGGGACUGCCACUGCCACAGGAGCAGCAGCUACAGGUACAGCUACAGCAACCGCCACUGGAGUAGCCAAAGCAGCUGUUGUGGCACAAAUGGCGGUAGUAUCGGCCCAAGGAGCCGCUGGGGCCACUGCGGCUGCCACCACAACAGCAGCAGCCACAGGAGCUGCAGCAGCUGGAGCAGCUGGAGCUGGAACUGCCGCUUCGGCAGCCAUGUCUGCCACGGCCACAGCUACAGCAACAUCCACUGCCACCUCGCAACUGGCCAUAGCGGUUAGUGUGGCCACGGUGGCAGCUGUCUCUACCACUGCAGCAGUAGUCUCCUCACACAACCAGAAUGUCCAAGUAUAUAACUUUGGAGAUCAAUUCGUUCCUCCAGUUUGCUCUCUUGCAUCUGAAUCCAAACAAGGAUGUGUUGAGUUGCAGUUGAGAGGGUUGCCAGCCGAUAUUUUUGAAUCCACAGAGGAAGACAACAUGGAAUAUUUUCAACAUACCUUUCGAGAUGUCUACAAUACUAUCACCGGCAUGUGUCUGGACACCUAUGAUCGAGUGAUCCAUGAGGCCAGGCUUGUGGAAUGGGAGACGGACUGGGGAGACUAUGGGAGCAUCAGUCAAGACAAGGCACAUGCAGACUAUGACUGGGCAGUGGCCAACAGCAUCACCACCAUGUACUGGGAGACCACUGUGGAUUGUACUGGGUGUCCUGAUCAGGAACCUCUCUUCUCUGUCCCAGAUGACUACAACAUUCUGCAACUACAACAACGCAACGAUUCCCGGAAGGAUGACUUUGAUUUCUCCAAUUUCUUCAGCCUCUUUGUGGCAUCUUUUGGCUUUACUGUGGAUCGCUAUGUCAACGGCGUCACCUUCUUGUUCAACAAUACAGUUGUCUAUGGUAAUGAUACUGCUCUGGCUUUUCAAAAUCGAACGGAUGCAGGUAUUCAUGUUGUUGAGGCCAGUACAGUUGAGUGUCGUGCGCCAGUUGUGGAGGGACAACAACAAGCAGCCACCAAUACAACCAGAAGAACAACCAUUCAAACAUUGGACGAAGAAGAAAUCUUGGCAGCUAGAAAUGUGGUGGAUCAGAACAAUGGAACAGUUGUCACUUCAACAGCUCAACAGAAUCUUGAUUCUAUUCAAUCCUGCUUUGAUGCCACUACCAACGAAUUAGUGGGUGACUCUGAAUUCUGCAGAACAAUAACAAGAAAUGCCAAUCUUCAGGGAGAAGAGCUUGCUGAAUGCGCUCGUAAUGCUGCUGGUGGAAAUGCCGACAGGGAGUGCCAGGAGGCUUUAAGUCGGACUCUGGACAACCUUCCUCCAUCGGCGGCACCAACUCCCCUUCCCACAACACCACCCACAAAGUCACCAACACGAGAACCGACUGAUGAGCCAACUGGAGAGCCAACCAGAGAACCCACGCACAGUCCAACCAGUGAACCAACAUUUCGACCUACACCCAACCCUACCAAUGAGCCCACAUUUUCUCCUACCACCAGAGAGAUUCCAAACUAUGCAGGCGCAGCUGCACAAGCACUCCCACCUGGUUGGGAUGAUGGAGAGGAUGAAGAGGGAGAGGAUGAGCAACUGGACUCUUUGCAGGGAGUAAACAACGAAGAGGAGCAGGAUGGUGACGAACCAGUUCCUGACCAGGGAAUGCAAAAUGGACAAGGCCAAGAGCAGGUGGAUGUCACCCCGGGGGGAGGUGUACAGGCUGGUACUGGUGGUGGCAACGAAGAUGGAAUUCCCAGCUCAGUUUUAGAAGAAGAGCAAGGGUCAGGCAAUGAAGAUAUUCCUGUGUCAAAUCAAGGUGGCGCUCCUGUGUCUAAUCAAGGCGGUGCACCUGUGUCUAAUCAAGGUGGCGCCCCUGAACAAGUUGGCGAAGGACAGCCCCCGGUGACGCCAGCAUCACCUGGUGGCAGCAGCCCCACUUCGAUGGGUCCCAAUACCAGUGGCAGUAGCCCCACUUCGGUACGUCCAGGCACCAGUGCCGCUGCCUCUCCCACGAGCCCUACAACCGCACGUCCUGGCACGCAAGAACCUGUUGCUCUGCCCCCCUCUGUGACGCCAGCAUCACCUAGUGGCAACAGCCCCACGAUGAUCCGUCCAAGUACCAGUGGCAGCAGCCCCACUUCGAUACUUCCCGGCACCAGUGCCGAUGCCUCUCCCACGAGCCCUACAACCGCACGUCCUGGCACCCAAGGACCCGUUGCUCUGCCCCCCUCUGUGGCUCCAGCACCAACUAUCACCACCCCAACUUUGACAUCUCCGAGUAUUGGAAAUUCUGGAUCAGUUGGAGUGGAAGUGAUGAUGGGUCCUGAGGAAAGCAAUACCCCAAGGCCGUCAGUUCAAGUGGAUGAGACCCCCAACCCCACUUCAGCUCAGCCGCAGGAAACCCCACUCCCCACAUCGGCGCAGCCAGAGGAUGGCGGGGAAACCGGAGAGCCGACAAUGGAGCCAACAUUGGAGCCAACAAUGGAGCCAACAACGGAGCCAACAAUGGAGCCAACCCAGGCAGAGGAUGGUGGGGAAUUUGGAGAGCCAACAUUGGAGCCAACCCAGGCAGAGGAUGGUGUGGAAACUGGAGAGCCAACCCAGGCAGGAUCACUAUUUCCAGAUACAGAUGCGCCGAGCCUUGACCCCACGACUUUAGGCCCCACUGUGACACCAGGAUCCCCAAGUGCAAGCCCCACCACUCGAAGCCCCACGGGGACUCCCACUACCACAACCGGAACACCCACUGUAACCCCUGGAAGCCCUUCUGCAGCGCCCACCACUUUAUCACCCAGCAUCGCAGAAAUUGAUACCCCAACCAUGGAGCCUUCUAAUGGUGACUUUUUUGGGAUUCCCACUUUAUCACCCAGCACCACAGAAAUUGAUACCCCAACCAUGGAUCCUUCUAAUGGUGACUUAUUAGGGUUCCCCACCCCAGCUGGUGAAACUGAUUUGCCCACAAGUUUUGAGUGUGAGCCUGAUACAUCAGGAAUCACCCACUAUAGUAUGACCCUUGAAAAUGCUGAAGAACUCUCCAGCGAUCAGCUAAUUGAUGCAUUUAUGGGAGCAGACCUUGCACUGGAGAAAGACAGUUGUGCUCCUCUUAUUCUGAGCGUACUCGUGUCCGAAAGGGUACAGGAAAGAAGAGAACUGCAUUCAACAACAGAAAGGCAGCUGCAACUCACUGAAGUAAUUACAUUCGAAGUCGAAGCAUUGGUAGAGCCUAAUAUGUACCCAAUACAGGACUUCAGCUUGUAUGGUGGGAAUACAGGUGACAUCAGCUUCACAGAGGCUUUCACUGACAAUGAAAUCAUUGUGGACAGUGGUGUAACAGUUUUGGAUGCUGGUACUGUUGAUCCACAGACACUACCACCAGUUGACCCUCCUUCUGAUUUUCCGGAUAAUCAACCUACCUUUGAGCCAAUCGAAACACCAACAAUCGAGCCAAUGGAUCAACCGACCUUGGAGCCGCAGGAAGAUCAACCAACCUUGGAUCCUCAGGGAGAACAACCAACCGUUGAGCCACAAGAAGAACAACCAACCUUGGAGCCUCAGGAAGAUCAACCAACGCUUGAGCCGCAGGAGGAUCAACCAACCUUGGAGCCCGCAGGAAGAACAACCAACCUUGGAGCCACAGGAAGAACAACCAACCUUGGAGCCACAGGAAGAACAACCAACCUUGGAGCCACAGGAAGAACAACCAACCUUGGAGCCUCAGGAAGAUCAACCAACGCUUGA